AUGAGAAAUUCACGCAAUGAGACACCGUUGCUAGUUGCUAGCGCAAACGGCCAUGACAGCGUUGUUCGGGUGUUGCUCAAUAAGAACGUCGAUAUUGAGUCAACAGACGCUUCCAACUCAACGCCACUUCUCCGGGCCGCUACAAACGGACAUGCAAGUGUUGUCGGGAUUUUGCUCGAAAAAGGCGCCAACAUCGAGUCAACAGACGCUUCCAACUCAACGCCACUUCUCCGGGCCGCUACGAACGGACAUGCAAGUGUUGUCGGGAUUUUGCUCGGAAAAGGCGCCAACAUCGAGUCAACAGACGCCUCCAACUCAACGCCACUUCUCCGGGCCGCCAUGAAUGGCCACGAGUCUGUGGUAAGGCUGCUUCUUCAGAGCGGAGCUUGCAUAGACACCAAGGAUAAGGGGAACCAGACGCCGCUGCUAUGGGCCGUCAAGAAUGGCCGCGAAACGAUUGUCAGGCUGCUCCUGGACAACGGAGCU